AUGUAUCAUAUCAACAAUUGUGGCACUGACAGUUGUAUGAAUGGUGGAACCUGUAGAGAUGGGAUAAACUCGUACACCUGCGAUUGUGUUGCUGGCUUUACUGGAAGUAUUUGUUCGAUAGAUAUCAACGAUUGUGGUCCUGACAGUUGUUUGCAUGGUGGAACCUGUAGAGAUGAAAUAAACUCUUACACCUGCGAUUGUGUUCCCGGCUUUACUGGAAGUACUUGUUCAAUAGACAUCAACGAUUGUGGUCCUGACAGUUGCAUGAAUGGUGGAACCUGUAGAGAUGGGAUAAACUCUUACACCUGCGAUUGUGUUCUUGGCUUUACUGGGAGUAUUUGUUCGAUAGAUAUCAACGAUUGUGCACCUGACAGUUGUAUAAAUGGAGGAACGUGUAUAGAUGGAAUAAACUCUUACACCUGCGAUUGUGUCACUGGCUUCACGGGUGCACUUUGCUCAACAAAUAUUAACGAUUGUGGUCCUGACAGUUGUAUGAAUGGCGGAACCUGUAGAGAUGGAAUAAACGCUUACACCUGCGAUUGUGUUCUUGGCUUUACUGGGAGUAUUUGUUCGAUAGAUAUCAACAAUUGUGGUCCUGACAGUUGUCUGAAUGGUGGAACCUGUAGAGAUGGGAUAAACUCUUUCACCUGCGAUUGUGUUCUUGGCUUUACUGGGAGUAUUUGUUCGAUAGAUAUCAACGAGUGUAGUCAUGUUAGUUGUAUGAAUGGAGGAACCUGUAGAGAUGGAAUAAACUCUUACACCUGCGAUUGUGUUGCUGGCUUUACUGGGAGUAUUUGUUCGAUAGAUAUCAACGAUUGUGCACCUGACCGGUGUAUGAAUGGAGGAACGUGUAGAGAUGGAAUAUACUCUUACACCUGCGAUUGUGCUGCUGGCUUCACGGGUGCACUUUGCUCAACAAAUAUUAACGAUUGUGGUCCUGACAGUUGUAUGAAUGGCGGAACCUGUAGAGAUGGAAUAAACUCUUACAUCUGCGAUUGUGUUCUUGGCUUUACUGGGAGUAUUUGUUCGAUAGAUAUCAACAAUUGUGGUCCUGACAGUUGUCUGAAUGGUGGAACCUGUAGAGAUGGGAUAAACUCUUACACCUGCGAUUGUGUUCUUGGCUUUACUGGGAGUAUUUGUUCGAUAGAUAUCAACGAUUGUGCACCUGACAGUUGUAUAAAUGGAGGAACGUGUAUAGAUGGAAUAAACUCUUACACCUGCGAUUGUGUCACUGGCUUCACGGGUGCACUUUGCUCAACAAAUAUUAACGAUUGUGGUCCUGACAGUUGUAUGAAUGGCGGAACCUGUAGAGAUGGAAUAAACGCUUACACCUGCGAUUGUGUUCUUGGCUUUACUGGGAGUAUUUGUUCGAUAGAUAUCAACAAUUGUGGUCCUGACAGUUGUCUGAAUGGUGGAACCUGUAGAGAUGGGAUAAACUCUUUCACCUGCGAUUGUGUUCUUGGCUUUACUGGGAGUAUUUGUUCGAUAGAUAUCAACGAGUGUGGUCAUGUUAGUUGUAUGAAUGGAGGAACCUGUAGAGAUGGAAUAAACUCUUACACCUGCGAUUGUGUUGCUGGCUUUACUGGGAGUAUUUGUUCAAUAGAUAUCAACGAUUGUGCACCUGACCGGUGUAUGAAUGGAGGAACGUGUAGAGAUGGAAUAUACUCUUACACCUGCGAUUGUGCUGCUGGUUUCACGGGUGCACUUUGCUCAACAAAUAUUAACGAUUGUGGUCCUGACAGUUGUAUGAAUGGCGGAACCUGUAGAGAUGGAAUAAACUCUUACACCUGCGAUUGUGUUCUUGGCUUUACUGGGAGUAUUUGUUCGAUAGAUAUCAACAAUUGUGGUCCUGACAGUUGUCUGAAUGGUGGAACCUGUAGAGAUGGGAUAAACUCUUACACCUGCGAUUGUGUUCUUGGCUUUACUGGGAGUAUUUGUUCGAUAGAUAUCAACGAUUGUGCACCUGACAGUUGUAUAAAUGGAGGAACGUGUAUAGAUGGAAUAAACUCUUACACCUGCGAUUGUGUCACUGGCUUCACGGGUGUUACUAAGUCUGUCUUUACUACAUACAUCAACGAUUGUGUUCCUGACAGUUAUGGUGCAUCCUGUAGAAAUGGUAUAAAGUCUUUCACCUGCGAUUGUGUUAUUGGCUUUAUUGGAAGUAUUUGUUCAAUAGAUAUUAACGAUUGUGGUCCUGACAGUUGUAUGAAUGGCGGAACCUGUAGAGAUGGAAUAAACGCUUACACCUGCGAUUGUGUUCUUGGCUUUACUGGGAGUAUUUGUUCGAUAGAUAUCAACAAUUGUGGUCCUGACAGUUGUCUGAAUGGUGGAACCUGUAGAGAUGGGAUAAACUCUUUCACCUGCGAUUGUGUUCUUGGCUUUACUGGGAGUAUUUGUUCGAUAGAUAUCAACGAGUGUGGUCAUGUUAGUUGUAUGAAUGGAGGAACCUGUAGAGAUGGAAUAAACUCUUACACCUGCGAUUGUGUUGCUGGCUUUACUGGGAGUAUUUGUUCGAUAGAUAUCAACGAUUGUGCACCUGACCGGUGUAUGAAUGGAGGAACGUGUAGAGAUGGAAUAUACUCUUACACCUGCGAUUGUGCUGCUGGUUUCACGGGUGCACUUUGCUCAACAAAUAUUAACGAUUGUGGUCCUGACAGUUGUAUGAAUGGCGGAACCUGUAGAGAUGGAAUAAACUCUUACACCUGCGAUUGUGUUCUUGGCUUUACUGGGAGUAUUUGUUCGAUAGAUAUCAACAAUUGUGGUCCUGACAGUUGUCUGAAUGGUGGAACCUGUAGAGAUGGGAUAAACUCUUACACCUGCGAUUGUGUUCUUGGCUUUACUGGGAGUAUUUGUUCGAUAGAUAUCAACGAUUGUGCACCUGACAGUUGUAUAAAUGGAGGAACGUGUAUAGAUGGAAUAAACUCUUACACCUGCGAUUGUGUCACUGGCUUCACGGGUGCACUUUGCUCAACAAAUAUUAACGAUUGUGGUCCUGACAGUUGUAUGAAUGGCGGAACCUGUAGAGAUGGAAUAAACGCUUACACCUGCGAUUGUGUUCUUGGCUUUACUGGGAGUAUUUGUUCGAUAGAUAUCAACAAUUGUGGUCCUGACAGUUGUCUGAAUGGUGGAACCUGUAGAGAUGGGAUAAACUCUUUCACCUGCGAUUGUGUUCUUGGCUUUACUGGGAGUAUUUGUUCGAUAGAUAUCAACGAGUGUGGUCAUGUUAGUUGUAUGAAUGGAGGAACCUGUAGAGAUGGAAUAAACUCUUACACCUGCGAUUGUGUUGCUGGCUUUACUGGGAGUAUUUGUUCGAUAGAUAUCAACGAUUGUGCACCUGACCGGUGUAUGAAUGGAGGAACGUGUAGAGAUGGAAUAUACUCUUACACCUGCGAUUGUGCUGCUGGUUUCACGGGUGCACUUUGCUCAACAAAUAUUAACGAUUGUGGUCCUGACAGUUGUAUGAAUGGCGGAACCUGUAGAGAUGGAAUAAACUCUUACACCUGCGAUUGUGUUCUUGGCUUUACUGGGAGUAUUUGUUCGAUAGAUAUCAACAAUUGUGGUCCUGACAGUUGUCUGAAUGGUGGAACCUGUAGAGAUGGGAUAAACUCUUACACCUGCGAUUGUGUUCUUGGCUUUACUGGGAGUAUUUGUUCGAUAGAUAUCAACGAUUGUGCACCUGACAGUUGUAUAAAUGGAGGAACGUGUAUAGAUGGAAUAAACUCUUACACCUGCGAUUGUGUCACUGGCUUCACGGGUGCACUUUGCUCAACAAAUAUUAACGAUUGUGGUCCUGACAGUUGUAUGAAUGGCGGAACCUGUAGAGAUGGAAUAAACGCUUACACCUGCGAUUGUGUUCUUGGCUUUACUGGGAGUAUUUGUUCGAUAGAUAUCAACAAUUGUGGUCCUGACAGUUGUCUGAAUGGUGGAACCUGUAGAGAUGGGAUAAACUCUUUCACCUGCGAUUGUGUUCUUGGCUUUACUGGGAGUAUUUGUUCGAUAGAUAUCAACGAGUGUGGUCAUGUUAGUUGUAUGAAUGGAGGAACCUGUAGAGAUGGAAUAAACUCUUACACCUGCGAUUGUGUUGCUGGCUUUACUGGGAGUAUUUGUUCGAUAGAUAUCAACGAUUGUGCACCUGACCGGUGUAUGAAUGGAGGAACGUGUAGAGAUGGAAUAUACUCUUACACCUGCGAUUGUGCUGCUGGUUUCACGGGUGCACUUUGCUCAACAAAUAUUAACGAUUGUGGUCCUGACAGUUGUAUGAAUGGCGGAACCUGUAGAGAUGGAAUAAACUCUUACACCUGCGAUUGUGUUCUUGGCUUUACUGGGAGUAUUUGUUCGAUAGAUAUCAACAAUUGUGGUCCUGACAGUUGUCUGAAUGGUGGAACCUGUAGAGAUGGGAUAAACUCUUACACCUGCGAUUGUGUUCUUGGCUUUACUGGGAGUAUUUGUUCGAUAGAUAUCAACGAUUGUGCACCUGACAGUUGUAUAAAUGGAGGAACGUGUAUAGAUGGAAUAAACUCUUACACCUGCGAUUGUGUCACUGGCUUCACGGGUGCACUUUGCUCAACAAAUAUUAACGAUUGUGGUCCUGACAGUUGUAUGAAUGGCGGAACCUGUAGAGAUGGAAUAAACGCUUACACCUGCGAUUGUGUUCUUGGCUUUACUGGGAGUAUUUGUUCGAUAGAUAUCAACAAUUGUGGUCCUGACAGUUGUCUGAAUGGUGGAACCUGUAGAGAUGGGAUAAACUUUUACACCUGCGAUUGUGUUCUUGGCUUUACUGGGAGUAUUUGUUCGAUAGAUAUCAACGAUUGUGCACCUGACAGUUGUAUAAAUGGAGGAACGUGUAUAGAUGGAAUAAACUCUUACACCUGCGAUUGUGUCACUGGCUUCACGGGUGCACUUUGCUCAACAAAUAUUAACGAUUGUGGUCCUGACAGUUGUAUGAAUGGCGGAACCUGUAGAGAUGGAAUAAACGCUUACACCUGCGAUUGUGUUCUUGGCUUUACUGGGAGUAUUUGUUCGAUAGAUAUCAACAAUUGUGGUCCUGACAGUUGUCUGAAUGGUGGAACCUGUAGAGAUGGGAUAAACUCUUACACCUGCGAUUGUGUUCUUGGCUUUACUGGGAGUAUUUGUUCGAUAGAUAUCAACGAUUGUGCACCUGACAGUUGUAUAAAUGGAGGAACGUGUAUAGAUGGAAUAAACUCUUACACCUGCGAUUGUGUCACUGGCUUCACGGGUGCACUUUGCUCAACAAAUAUUAACGAUUGUGGUCCUGACAGUUGUAUGAAUGGCGGAACCUGUAGAGAUGGAAUAAACUCUUACACCUGCGAUUGUGUUCUUGGCUUUACUGGGAGUAUUUGUUCGAUAGAUAUCAACAAUUGUGGUCCUGACAGUUGUCUGAAUGGUGGAACCUGUAGAGAUGGGAUAAACUCUUACACCUGCGAUUGUGUUCUUGGCUUUACUGGGAGUAUUUGUUCGAUAGAUAUCAACGAUUGUGCACCUGACAGUUGUAUAAAUGGAGGAACGUGUAUAGAUGGAAUAAACUCUUACACCUGCGAUUGUGUCACUGGCUUCACGGGUGCACUUUGCUCAACAAAUAUUAACGAUUGUGGUCCUGACAGUUGUAUGAAUGGCGGAACCUGUAGAGAUGGAAUAAACGCUUACACCUGCGAUUGUGUUCUUGGCUUUACUGGGAGUAUUUGUUCGAUAGAUAUCAACAAUUGUGGUCCUGACAGUUGUCUGAAUGGUGGAACCUGUAGAGAUGGGAUAAACUCUUACACCUGCGAUUGUGUUCUUGGCUUUACUGGGAGUAUUUGUUCGAUAGAUAUCAACGAUUGUGCACCUGACAGUUGUAUAAAUGGAGGAACGUGUAUAGAUGGAAUGAACUCUUACACCUGCGAUUGUGUCACUGGCUUCACGGGUGCACUUUGCUCAACAAAUAUUAACGAUUGUGGUCCUGACAGUUGUAUGAAUGGCGGAACCUGUAGAGAUGGAAUAAACUCUUACACCUGCGAUUGUGUUCUUGGCUUUACUGGGAGUAUUUGUUCGAUAGAUAUCAACAAUUGUGGUCCUGACAGUUGUCUGAAUGGUGGAACCUGUAGAGAUGGGAUAAACUCUUACACCUGCGAUUGUGUUCUUGGCUUUACUGGGAGUAUUUGUUCGAUAGAUAUCAACGAUUGUGCACCUGACAGUUGUAUAAAUGGAGGAACGUGUAUAGAUGGAAUGAACUCUUACACCUGCGAUUGUGUCACUGGCUUCACGGGUGCACUUUGCUCAACAAAUAUUAACGAUUGUGGUCCUGACAGUUGUAUGAAUGGCGGAACCUGUAGAGAUGGAAUAAACUCUUACACCUGCGAUUGUGUUCUUGGCUUUACUGGGAGUAUUUGUUCGAUAGAUAUCAACAAUUGUGGUCCUGACAGUUGUCUGAAUGGUGGAACCUGUAGAGAUGGGAUAAACUCUUACACCUGCGAUUGUGUUCUUGGCUUUACUGGGAGUAUUUGUUCGAUAGAUAUCAACGAUUGUGCACCUGACAGUUGUAUAAAUGGAGGAACGUGUAUAGAUGGAAUAAACUCUUACACCUGCGAUUGUGUCACUGGCUUCACGGGUGCACUUUGCUCAACAAAUAUUAACGAUUGUGGUCCUGACAGUUGUAUGAAUGGCGGAACCUGUAGAGAUGGAAUAAACGCUUACACCUGCGAUUGUGUUCUUGGCUUUACUGGGAGUAUUUGUUCGAUAGAUAUCAACAAUUGUGGUCCUGACAGUUGUCUGAAUGGUGGAACCUGUAGAGAUGGGAUAAACUCUUACACCUGCGAUUGUGUUCUUGGCUUUACUGGGAGUAUUUGUUCGAUAGAUAUCAACGAUUGUGCACCUGACAGUUGUAUAAAUGGAGGAACGUGUAUAGAUGGAAUAAACUCUUACACCUGCGAUUGUGUCACUGGCUUCACGGGUGCACUUUGCUCAACAAAUAUUAACGAUUGUGGUCCUGACAGUUGUAUGAAUGGCGGAACCUGUAGAGAUGGAAUAAACUCUUACACCUGCGAUUGUGUUCUUGGCUUUACUGGGAGUAUUUGUUCGAUAGAUAUCAACAAUUGUGGUCCUGACAGUUGUCUGAAUGGUGGAACCUGUAGAGAUGGGAUAAACUCUUACACCUGCGAUUGUGUUCUUGGCUUUACUGGGAGUAUUUGUUCGAUAGAUAUCAACGAUUGUGCACCUGACAGUUGUAUAAAUGGAGGAACGUGUAUAGAUGGAAUAAACUCUUACACCUGCGAUUGUGUCACUGGCUUCACGGGUGCACUUUGCUCAACAAACAUCAACGAUUGUGUUCCUGACAGUUAUGGUGCAUCCUGUAGAAAUGGUAUAAAGUCUUUCACCUGCGAUUGUGUUAUUGGCUUUAUUGGAAGUAUUUGUUCAAUAGAUAUUAACGAUUGUGGUCCUGACAGUUGUAUGAAUGGCGGAACCUGUAGAGAUGGAAUAAACGCUUACACCUGCGAUUGUGUUCUUGGCUUUACUGGGAGUAUUUGUUCGAUAGAUAUCAACAAUUGUGGUCCUGACAGUUGUCUGAAUGGUGGAACCUGUAGAGAUGGGAUAAACUCUUACACCUGCGAUUGUGUUCUUGGCUUUACUGGGAGUAUUUGUUCGAUAGAUAUCAACGAUUGUGCACCUGACAGUUGUAUAAAUGGAGGAACGUGUAUAGAUGGAAUAAACUCUUACACCUGCGAUUGUGUCACUGGCUUCACGGGUGCACUUUGCUCAACAAAUAUUAACGAUUGUGGUCCUGACAGUUGUAUGAAUGGCGGAACCUGUAGAGAUGGAAUAAACUCUUACACCUGCGAUUGUGUUCUUGGCUUUACUGGGAGUAUUUGUUCGAUAGAUAUCAACAAUUGUGGUCCUGACAGUUGUCUGAAUGGUGGAACCUGUAGAGAUGGGAUAAACUCUUACACCUGCGAUUGUGUUCUUGGCUUUACUGGGAGUAUUUGUUCGAUAGAUAUCAACGAUUGUGCACCUGACAGUUGUAUAAAUGGAGGAACGUGUAUAGAUGGAAUAAACUCUUACACCUGCGAUUGUGUCACUGGCUUCACGGGUGCACUUUGCUCAACAAAUAUUAACGAUUGUGGUCCUGACAGUUGUAUGAAUGGCGGAACCUGUAGAGAUGGAAUAAACGCUUACACCUGCGAUUGUGUUCUUGGCUUUACUGGGAGUAUUUGUUCGAUAGAUAUCAACAAUUGUGGUCCUGACAGUUGUCUGAAUGGUGGAACCUGUAGAGAUGGGAUAAACUCUUACACCUGCGAUUGUGUUCUUGGCUUUACUGGGAGUAUUUGUUCGAUAGAUAUCAACGAUUGUGCACCUGACAGUUGUAUAAAUGGAGGAACGUGUAUAGAUGGAAUAAACUCUUACACCUGCGAUUGUGUCACUGGCUUCACGGGUGCACUUUGCUCAACAAAUAUUAACGAUUGUGGUCCUGACAGUUGUAUGAAUGGCGGAACCUGUAGAGAUGGAAUAAACGCUUACACCUGCGAUUGUGUUCUUGGCUUUACUGGGAGUAUUUGUUCGAUAGAUAUCAACAAUUGUGGUCCUGACAGUUGUCUGAAUGGUGGAACCUGUAGAGAUGGGAUAAACUCUUACACCUGCGAUUGUGUUCUUGGCUUUACUGGGAGUAUUUGUUCGAUAGAUAUCAACGAUUGUGCACCUGACAGUUGUAUAAAUGGAGGAACGUGUAUAGAUGGAAUAAACUCUUACACCUGCGAUUGUGUCACUGGCUUCACGGGUGCACUUUGCUCAACAAAUAUUAACGAUUGUGGUCCUGACAGUUGUAUGAAUGGCGGAACCUGUAGAGAUGGAAUAAACGCUUACACCUGCGAUUGUGUUCUUGGCUUUACUGGGAGUAUUUGUUCGAUAGAUAUCAACGAUUGUGCACCUGACAGUUGUAUAAAUGGAGGAACGUGUAUAGAUGGAAUAAACUCUUACACCUGCGAUUGUGUCACUGGCUUCACGGGUGCACUUUGCUCAACAAAUAUUAACGAUUGUGGUCCUGACAGUUGUAUGAAUGGCGGAACCUGUAGAGAUGGAAUAAACGCUUACACCUGCGAUUGUGUUCUUGGCUUUACUGGGAGUAUUUGUUCGAUAGAUAUCAACAAUUGUGGUCCUGACAGUUGUCUGAAUGGUGGAUCCUGUAGAGAUGGGAUAAACUCUUACACCUGCGAUUGUGUUCUUGGCUUUACUGGGAGUAUUUGUUCGAUAGAUAUCAACGAUUGUGCACCUGACAGUUGUAUAAAUGGAGGAACGUGUAUAGAUGGAAUAAACUCUUACACCUGCGAUUGUGUCACUGGCUUCACGGGUGCACUUUGCUCAACAAAUAUUAACGAUUGUGGUCCUGACAGUUGUAUGAAUGGCGGAACCUGUAGAGAUGGAAUAAACGCUUACACCUGCGAUUGUGUUCUUGGCUUUACUGGGAGUAUUUGUUCGAUAGAUAUCAACAAUUGUGGUCCUGACAGUUGUCUGAAUGGUGGAACCUGUAGAGAUGGGAUAAACUCUUACACCUGCGAUUGUGUUCUUGGCUUUACUGGGAGUAUUUGUUCGAUAGAUAUCAACGAUUGUGCACCUGACAGUUGUAUAAAUGGAGGAACGUGUAUAGAUGGAAUAAACUCUUACACCUGCGAUUGUGUCACUGGCUUCACGGGUGCACUUUGCUCAACAAAUAUUAACGAUUGUGGUCCUGACAGUUGUAUGAAUGGCGGAACCUGUAGAGAUGGAAUAAACUCUUACACAUGCGAUUGUGUUCUUGGCUUUACUGGGAGUAUUUGUUCGAUAGAUAUCAACAAUUGUGAUCCUGACAGUUGUCUGAAUGGUGGAACCUGUAGAGAUGGGAUAAACUCUUACACCUGCGAUUGUGUUCUUGGCUUUACUGGGAGUAUUUGUUCGAUAGAUAUCAACGAUUGUGCACCUGACAGUUGUAUAAAUGGAGGAACGUGUAGAGAUGGAAUAAACUUUUACACGUGCGAUUGUGUCACUGGCUUCACGGGUGCACUUUGCUCAACAAAUAUUAACGAUUGUGGUCUUGACAGUUGUAUGAAUGGCGGAACCUGUAGAGAUGAAAUAAACUCUUACACCUGCGAUUGUGUUCUUGGCUUUACUGGGAGUACUUGCUCGAUAGUUACCAACGAGUGUGGUCCUGACAGUUGUAUGAACGGUGGAACCUGUAUAGAUGGAAUAAACUCUUACACCUGCGAUUGUGUUCUUGGCUUUACCGGGAGUACUUGUAAUACAAAUAUCAACGAUUGUGCACCUGACAGUUGUUUCAAUGGUGGAACCUGUAGAGAUGAAAUAAACUCUUACACCUGCGAGUGUCCUCCUGGCUUUACUGGGAGUAUUUGUUCGAUAGAUAUUGAUGAUUGUGUUCCUAACAGUUGUAUGAAUGGAGGAAUGUGUAGAGAUGGAAUAAAUUAUUUCACCUGCGAUUGUGUUGCUGGCUUCACAGGUUCACUUUGCUCAACAAAUAUCAACGAUUGUGACACUGACAGUUGUAUGAAUGGUGGAACCUGUAGAGAUGGAAUAAACACUUACACAUGCGAUUGUGCUCCUGGCUUUACUGGGAGUACUUGUUCGAUAUAUAUUGAUGAUUGUGUUCCUAACAGUUGUAUGAAUGGAGGAAUGUGUAGAGAUGGAAUAAAUUAUUUCACCUGCGAUUGUGUUGCUGGCUUCACAGGUUCACUUUGCUCAACAAAUAUCAACGAUUGUGACACUGACAGUUGUAUGAAUGGUGGAACCUGUAGAGAUGGAAUAAACACUUACACAUGCGAUUGUGCUCCUGGCUUUACUGGGAGUACUUGUUCGAUAUAUAUCAACGAUUGCAAUCCUGACAGUUGUAUGAAUGGAGGAACGUGUAGAGAUGGAAUAAACUCUUACACCUGCGAUUGUGUCACUGGCUUCACAGGUUCACUUUGCUCAACAAAUAUCAACGAUUGUGGUCCUGACAUUUGUAUAAAUGGUGGAACCUGUAGAGAUGGAAUAAACACUUACACCUGCGACUGUCCUCCUGGCUUCACUGGAAGUUUUUGUUCGAUAGAUAUCACCCGGUGUGAACCAAACCCGUGUAUGAAUGGUGCCACGUGUUUUUCUGGAAUAGAUGGUGUUCUGUGUAAAUGCAUUGAUGGAUACACCGGACCUCUUUGCACGACAGAUAUCAACGAAUGCGAGACAAAUCAGUGCCAGAAUGGAGGAACUUGUAGAGACGGAAUAAACACUUUCACGUGUGAAUGUGUACCCGGCUAUACUGGAAGUGUCUGCUCAAUAAAUAUUAACGACUGCCAUCCAUCACCUUGUAAAAAUGAAGGAACGUGUGUAGAUGGUAUCAACUCUUUCUCUUGUAUCUGCGUUACGGGAUAUACUGACAGCACAUGUUCUACGGCAAUCGAUCGUUGUUUCCACGAUGAUCCGUGUGGAGUGAAUGAAGUCUGCACUGACACGAAUUUGGUAGAAGGUGGCUAUUAUUGUAAUUGUUCUGAAGGCUUCUCACGAAGAAACGACAUCUGCAUGGUUUCUAUGGCUAUCGGCGGCUUCAUCAGACUAACCCGUCUCAACGGUCUAGUAAUUACUUUCACGGAAUCGCUAACUGAUCCACAAUCAGAAAAUUACCGCAAUCUUGAAAAAAAUAUUUUCAAAAUCCUCUAUGAUGCUUUGAUAAACAUCAUUAACGACAACGAAUGGGAUCUCUUCAUCACCGGAUUCUCGGCAGGAAGCAUCGUUGUCGAUUUUAAAGUAAUGAUCUUCAACCCGAACAGGGAUAACUUGAAGGAAAAAUCAACAGCAGUCGAAACUCUACUAGGGCUUCAACAACCAGGGGUUUGGGAAAGUGCAGAUGGUGCUGUCAAUCUAAACGUGGAGUCUAUAACUGUCUUCGGUGAUAUAUGUUUUGCUACUCCAUGUUUGAAUGGAUUGUGCGUUACGUCACCAGGGGAUAUCAACUACAUAUGCAUUUGCCACUACGGGUAUAUAGGGCUGCAUUGUGAAACAGAGAUAACUUGCAGUCUGCCGUCUCAUCCGAGGAGUCACGUUGUUAUGCCUCAAGACAUCUACAGAAGAGAAGAUCUUGUCAUUAUACAGUGCGACGAAACACAAGCAUCUGUUACAUGGCAAUGCAACGGAACUUCUGGAACUUGGGUGCAAUUGAGAGACCUCGACUGUUCCCCAGGAGGAUUACCAACUGUCAUUGUCAUUGUCAUCGUACUCGCAAGUGUGGGAGUAGCUUUCGCCGUGAUAGCCGUUCUGUAUUGCAUUUUCAAGCGGCUGUGUCAUUCAUCACGGGACAGAAGUGAUCGUGAUGAAAGACAGCAAAGAACAUUGAACGUACCUAUGAGCAAUGUUCAUUGGCAAGAAUCUAGGCAAGUUUCUCUAACGUUAUAUCUUUUUAGAUGA